AUGGCUGGUAUUAACGUUCGAAGUAGGCAGGGCGACGACGAGGGCGUGGAUCAGAUUGGAUCUGACACGCCUCGCUCCGGCAUUGCCACACCGCAGCCUGACUUGACCGACAAGCGCCUACCGGGCAUUAUGAGCUAUUUUGGCCAGGUUGGUUCCAAGUCUCUGAAUCUUCUCAACCCAUCGUCGUCUUCUGCCCAAGCACGAGAGUCUGAAUCUGCACGCCCUGCCUCGCCUCCGGAAGAGAAGCACGUCGAGAAGAUGGUGGACCAGUUGCCCAACCCCGAGGAGGAGCAGGACUCUAGAUCCGAGGGCUUGCCUCUCCUGCCACAUGAGAGGAUGACGCUCCCGGAAGAGAAGGAGUCUUCGCAGCAGGCGGCCCCGCAGACGAACCCCUAUCCCACACCUCCUUGUUCCCAGACACCUUCGGAGAGGGGGCUCAAAUUGAGCGAUGCGAGUGGUGAGGCUGCGGAUGCCAUGAGGCGGACAUCCCUUUCUCUCGCUUUCAGGCACAGAAAGAGCGUUUCGGAGGCUCCGCAGAUGUCUCGGGCAGCCAGCCAGUCCAUGUCAUCGCCGUUGUCGGGAGUCGUUACUGCAUCCAGCGCACACGCCCAUCUUUCCAACCCCAGCGAUCGCAAAGCCUCACCAGUCACCCCCAGUUCUCCAUCUACCGAGCAGCCGCCCUCGGGCGACUCUGGCAGUUAUUUCUCUGAGUCAGCUUCUGUUGAUCGGCUUGCAAAGCUAACUAAUGUUCCUUCGAAAAAGAGCGGCCCCCCGACGCCUACUCGAGCACUCUCCUCUGCUCGAACAUCGCAAGCCGAGGCUAAGCCUUCCUCAAGACAGAACAGUGAUACUGCCGACUCGCAAGCCAGCGGCCAGGUGACCCCCGUCUCCGCCCAGACCGGCGGCGCGCGAGCCCCCAACUUCAAAGGAAAACUCACCAUCAAGAUCACGGAGGGCAGAGGCCUGCGCAGAAGCCGCGAUCCGUAUGUUGUAGCUACGUUCCAGCGAAGUGAGCUCAUUUCGGCUGGGCCAAGGACUUUCGAAGAUGAUGACGAACUGUCUGUACCGCAACAGGCGGUCGGUGGAAUUCCUAUCCAGCGACAAGGGAGCGAUUCAGGCCGGCCCAUGGCGAUCCCGAUGAGGAGCCGACAGAGCAGCAACACCAGCAUUGGCGAAUACAACUCUUUCCGUAACCGGACCAAGCGUUUGUUUACCAGCCCCCGGUGGGAUGCCGAGGCUGUCUUUGACGUUGUGGAAUCCAAUAUGCUUGUGGACAUUGCCGUUUACGACCAUGGACUUAACGGAGAAGAGUUUCUUGGACAUGUCGACUUCCAAGCCAAGCCAGGGUCAGAUGGUCUUGUCCGAGGAUGGUUCUCUUUGCGGGGCAACGCGGAUACUAUGGCCGACAAGAAGCCUACCGGCGAGAUUUACGUUGAGACUCUCUUCCACGGCACCGAGAAGAAGCACUACGGUCCGGACGACUUCCAGAUCCUGAGGUUGAUCGGAAAGGGCACAUUCGGCCAAGUCUAUCAGGUUCGCAAGAAGGAUACCGGGCGAAUUUACGCAAUGAAGGUCCUUUCCAAGAAGGUCAUCGUACAAAAGAAGGAGGUUGCACACACAGUCGGCGAGAGAAACAUCCUGGUGCGGACGGCGACGUCCGAGUCCCCGUUCAUUGUCGGCUUGAAGUUCUCGUUCCAGACCCAGAAUGACCUCUUUCUGGUCACGGAUUACAUGUCUGGAGGUGAGCUCUUCUGGCAUCUGCAGAAGGAAGGACGCUUUGAUGAGAAGCGCGCCAAGUUCUACAUUGCCGAGCUCAUCCUGUCCAUCCAGCAUCUUCACAACAAUGACAUCGUCUACCGCGAUCUCAAGCCAGAGAACAUCCUGUUGGACGCCAAUGGCCACAUUGCGCUCUGCGACUUUGGCCUCUCCAAAGCCAACCUGACGAAGAAUGACACGACGAAUACGUUCUGCGGUACCACCGAGUACCUCGCGCCGGAGGUCCUGCUCGACGAGGCUGGAUACACCAAGAUGGUCGACUUCUGGUCUCUGGGUGUUCUAGUCUUCGAGAUGUGCUGCGGCUGGAGCCCGUUCUACGCCGAGGAUACCCAACAAAUGUACAAGAACAUUGCCUUCGGCAAGGUUCGUUUCCCACGUGAUACGCUCUCCCAAGAGGGCCGGAAUUUUGUCAAGGGUCUGCUCAACCGGAACCCGAAGCAUCGCCUGGGUGCUCUGGACGAUGCGGAAGAGUUGAAGCGCCACCCUUUCUUUGCUGACGUAUCCUGGGAUGCUCUUUCCAAGAAGCUCAUCACACCGCCAUUCAAGCCCAAGUUGAAGUCGGAGACGGACGUUUCUUACUUCGACCCGGAGUUCACGAACGCCCUGAACACCAAUGGGUCCUUGAACGAGCGGGCCGCACAGCUUGCGACCGGAUUUGCGACUUCCACGCCCCUCUCGCCCAGUGUCCAAGCCAACUUCCAAGGCUUCACAUAUGUGGACGAGAGUUCCCUCGAUGAUCACAUGGCUGAUCGCUAUGUUGAGGAGGACAUGAGGGAUGCGAAUCACAAGGAUAACGAUUGGGACGACAUUGAUGACAUCGACACGCGCAAGACAAACAGAAUGAGCGGCAUCGUUCGGACAGGCGCCCACGAUGAGCCGUUCGGUGAAUCACACUUUGACAUGUGA